AUGCAGGCUGAGUCCGACUGGACUGACGAGCCUUCUCGGUCGUCCAAGCGCCGUCGAACAGAUGCAGAGAGACUGGCACGACCCCGAAAAUAUCACCUCGAAGGAAAAUACUGUGACCGAUACCGCCUCCUCUUCAAUGGAAUUGUUCAGCAAGCUGCCAAUCGCUUCGACAGUAGACACAUGCCUUAUGCUUUUUAUUCUUGGCAAAUUGGUUCUUCAUUGUGGUCUACAGCCGAGCAAGCUACUUUUUACUCGGCUCUACAGCGACUGGGAAGAGACAAUGUCCCAGGCAUAGCAGAUGCAGUCGGCAAAAGCAUACCAGAGGUACGCGAACUGCUCUUGUUGCUCCACGGUGCCGCAGUCAAGCAGGGCGAUGCUGGUCUGACUUUUCGCGAUAUCCCGGCCGCCGUUGAGAUUGGUGACGAGUGCGACGCCCAAGUAGAACUUGCAGCCGAUGCACUGGCGUGGUAUCAGGAGAAGUGGGAGGCCCGCCAAGAGCAAAAGCAGCAUGGCGACUACUGGUUGAUCACUUCGGCCGUGGCUGUUGCAAUCGAGAACGCCAUCGACGGCGAGGUGGACGAGCCAGCACCUCCGCGAAGAGGAGGGAAGGUCAUUGUAGGAGCAUGCCUGUCAUGCAAGAAGUUUAAGCAAAAGUGCGACCGAGAGCUUCCAUGCAGUAACUGUAGGCGACGGAAAAUGGCCCAAUGCGUGUAUCCUGAAUCAUCUACCAGGGCUGAUCAACCUGUCAAUUCUGAAGAGCCCAAACAAGACGGGGAGCCAGAUAGAUCAGAUCAUGCACCAACUACACCCGCUAUUCUAGAAUCACUGCCAGAAGGAUCACUGUUGCACCCACAAAAUAUGCUGAAGCUGUCGAGAGACGUCUUCAUGAAUCGCUCGCCAACGAUACCUUCUCCUUGGCUGCACUGGUCGCAAUAUACAUCAGACAUUGCCCAAGAGCCGUCCAUCUAUCGUACUGCAUUUGGUGACUUUCACAACCUCGUUGUAUCAAUAACCACACGACUUGUACGACUGGCUAUGAUACAAUCAAUGUCCCGUUUACGCUCGCGGAGUAAGAGAUCCACACACGGUGCACUUCCCACAGUAAGGAAAAGGGACGUCCGUACCGCCAUCGACCUUGCGGGUAUGCCUAGAAACAGCCAAGAGAGAUGGAGAGGUGUUGCUCGACGGUGCGCACUGAGAGUCUACGAUCAGCAGCUAUCUCGGCAUGGUCGCAAGAAAAUCAAAAGAGAGGUACCUUGGGAUGAGUUUGAACGAAUCAUGCGCCCAGAGGAGCCCAUUGCCAGCACUCUAACGACGGACGUGGAGACUUCAGAUGAUCAAGCUGAAGCCCGGUUACGAGCAGCGCGAAAGGGAACACCUCUUCCUAUUGAACGACUUGCACUGUCUGACUCGGAUGAGUCGUCACUGGACGAAACUACGCAACCAUCGCAGCCCACACAGCAGUCCCGAGAUACGACCGGACGGUACACAACAGGAGACGGUCAAACACCAACGCCGUCGACACUGACGCUGAAGCAGCAUGAUCGAAAGAAUGCUCAAAUAGACGAGUUAGAGAUGUGGAUCAUGCUCGGUCACGACCCAGCCAAGUCCAAGUACCUCAACCAGAUCGAUCCGGUCAGCGAUGAGGACGAGGAUGAGGAUGAGAGAGUCAUCACGCAGCCCAAUGACUGGCGCUCAUUCACAAAGUACCGCGCAGAAUGGGAAGAACUUGAAACACUACCAAAACCCGAAGCCUUUGAGGCAAACCAGACACCUCUCGCAGUACCGCCCGUUCUACACGAUGAUACCGUAGAACCCGGAGAUUCUAGCUCCGAUUACACAGGUGGACCGGGGAAGAAGAAGCAGCGCCCAAGGAAGCCAGAACCAGUUGAACUCGAGGCGGAGAGCGCUCACGCUUACGCAAAUAGGAAGGCACGAGAGUUGGCGCAGGAGAUGGACCUACCUAUGAGUGAAAGUAGUCGUCAGGGUUAUGGGCUAAGUAGUGGUUCCAGCAAUAGUGGUGGCGAGGGGCGAUACCAAGUAAGGCAAUCCAUAGAGACUAGUGGUCGUAGGGCGAUACACUCGGACGACGAGGUGAGCGAAAUGGACUGGGAUACAUUUAUCGAUUGA